ACAGAAUGUCACAGCCAUGGCGCUUACUUGAUCAGCCGGCAUAAGGAAUGGAAGAGAUAACCAGCGAAUGGGUUUAUUCGCAUAUUUAUCCAGAUGCUCGACGGCCAGGUACUGUCGUGACGGAGCGGCUAGUCUUGCGCGAGAGUGGUCUCUGCAGGUGGAGCCGAUUCCUCGAUACCAAUGACGUCAAGGGUGUCAAAGCACAGGGUGAAUUUUGGCGGCGUGAAGCGGUGAAGACUGUUCGUUUCUCAACCAAGCUUGGCGAUCCAAGUAGGGACUUCUCUCUUUUUGGUGAGCGACAAGCAGUGAAGAAUCGCGCAGUAUUUGUUUGGCUCUGGGAAGUGGCUCCUGUCCUCAUGGCCUGGCUGUCCUUCGCCUUCAACCCGCUGUCCUUCACUUUGUACACAACAUCUGGUUUGCUGGCAAUAAUUUGGCAUGCCUUUCCCUGGGAUGGCACGCGCUACGUUAUGUCAGAGGCAGCGACAGUUACGCCGCUAGUAUGGGCAACUGUUCUUGCGGCUUUCACCUUCAUUGUUUCAAUCGGUGCUUCCUGGUGGCUACGCCUCGGUGGGAAGGAGGUGGCCAAGGAUGACGUGUAUUCCUCCGUUAGGCCGCACGCGGCUGCAAUCAGUCGUUGGAAAUGGCAACGCCCUGCCAACGCGAUCUUCUUCGGUCUCUUCGGUCUCUGGUGUAUAUUCGUCUGCAUCAUUUGCCCGGUCUUGGCCGUGCAGGGCCGUAGCAUCUCUUGCGAGGUGGGUGGUUGCGAGAGUUCUCCUGGUGUGGUGGACGGCACUUGCGGGGUUGGAUCCUGCAGCUGCGGUGCUUGGGCCGAUAUGCACUGUACCAACGCUGCCUCCCUCAACCCAUACUGCCUGGCAACAGAUGCACCACUGUGUUCGGAGGACUCAUCCAAAGCCAGCGGUGCACAUGGUUUGCUGCUUUUCAUUGCGAGUGGAAGUGUGGCGUUCCUUCUGCUGCUGUUUUUAAACUGGGGCGUCAAUCACUUGGCCAUCAUCCUGGCUUGGAAGAGGGGUGAGACUGAUCCAUCACCAGCAUUGAAGCCAGACAACGUGCCGUACCAUAGGAUCAAUGUGACCUUUGAUCCGCCACGUGGAUCGCUAGUCUUCACAGUGGGUGCUGACGAGGAUGUGGGACAGUUGACACGGCUAUUGCUACCAGAAGCCCCGCCGAGUGCCUGGGCUCCGCCAUUGGCAUCCAGCGUUAUGGAGCCGCUUUGGCCUGGAGAUGAGGAGCCGCAGAUGCUGCUUCGGAACCCCACAACACACCAAGCGCCAGAGGAUGUACAAUGGGACUGAGCUGACGCUGUUCUGAUCAAGCAACAGGGCUUUCCAAAAAGUCUCACAGUUUCACUUGAAUUGAAAAUGACCCGUGGGCCGACCAGUUUCCUGAGAUGCAAACGCAUCUCAUGUCAUUCUGUAUAUAUGGCGUACAUGGCCUAGCUAGCGCGAAUCAAA